UGAGCUCCCCGAUCUGGAACAGAAUCCUCGACAAAAUCAAACUGUGACUCACAAACCAGUAUCAGCAAAACAGCGUUCAUCUGACCGAUUAAAAUCAACUAAAUUACCAAUUAAUCCGACAAAUAUCAAUACCGAUCGAAUCGAAACCAUUGAUCAGUAUUCUCGAUCAAGUACACUGCCAUUGGACGACGACAAAGAACUGCGAUUCCAAUCGGUUACUAACAAAAAACGGUUGAACAUCAAAAUAGGUCAGACGUCUGAUAAAUUUUGUGUUUCCAACAAAGCCGAUCCCAAUGAAAAUUUCCGUCAACGUUUAUAUGAACAAAGAAUAUUCAACAGCAAUACAAACGACAUUACUGAGAUCAUUAAAAGUGAUGUUAAGAAUUUGACAGACUGCUUUCAACAAAAUCGAUCGAAUAAGUUGUCGAAUAGUAAACUGUUAACCGUGCCACAUAUACCGGACGUAACGACACAAAACAAAACUAGCGACAAAAAAGUUGCGUGUCAUUUGUAUGAUCACUUGCCAAAGAUAAUUGAUAGGAAUGAUUCAUCCACCAAUUCAGGAUCUUUAACAGCAUCCAGUACCAAUUUAAAUUCGAAAUUAAAUAAAUUUGGAAUCAGUCGAAAAAGUAAAUUGUCGAAACAGAGAUUUUUGAACGUUAUGGAUCGUAGUGUCGAUUCGAUUGGAAGCUGUUCACUCGAUGUGGAUGCUGAGUCAACAUUUUCAGACACGAGUGGAAGCCUAAACUUAUGUACCCCGCUGUCUGGAAAGGACUUCACUAGGGAAUUUACAUCACGCAUUCAGGAACGGUGUCAAGUUGGCCAAAUAUCCUAUCAGAAGGCAUCAGCAGUACUAGAUCCGACAUCAGGCAAAAUAGCAACCAUCUUAUCUACCAACGAAGGACUAUCUGCGUCGCCAAUCAAAAAACCGAGUUACUUAAAUCUAGCGUGUUGUGUCAACGGAUAUUCGAAUCUAACCACUUAUGAUUCGAAGCUUCGGCAGAAUAUAAACAAAUCGAGAGAAGUUUCACCGAAUCGUCCCAUCACACAUACAUUACAUUAUACCCGAGGCGACGGAAACUAUUUGGUUGUACCAAUACCUGUACCUGUGAUUAAUGAUACAAAAGAAAACAAUAUGAUGAAUAUGAAUUCUCUAAUUUCACCGGAAAAGAAGUUUUUCACGUCGGCGAAAUCGCCGGAACAAAGUGGAAAAGAUGUUACCGAUAACGUUAACACAAAAAGUUAUUUCUCAUCAACAAAAUACUUUAGUUCUACCAGUUCUACAACUACAACGCUUGUUAAGGACGAUGUUGAAAUCAAAUCUCCGAAAAGUUUCAUUCAACAGCGUGUCGAGCGUCUUUACGGGCCAGGUGCACUGGCGCAAGGAUUUUACAGUCCGAAACGCAGUAACAGUGACAGUAGUAGUUCGGUGUUGUCAGAACGUUCGCAAAAUUCAACCAACACGGUCAAGCAAACGAAAAUUUUUAAAACCGAAUAUAAAAACGGUGUGUCGUCGGUGAACAAAUUUGAAGUUGAAAAUUUAGAAGUGGAAGACGAACAAUCAUUGCCAGUUUUGAGACACUUACGACCGGAAUUUCGGGCUCAAUUGCCAAUUUUAUCGCCGAAGCGAUCGAUAGCAAAAUUAUCAACCGAAUUUGCAUCACUUAGUAGUAACCAACCAGCAGCAGCAGCAACAACAACAAUGUUAUCGAACAAUAAACUAACGAAUGGUGAUGCCGCGCAGGCACAACGUAAUAAUUUACAUAAAACAGCAUUGCCAAAUUUAAUACAAAAUGUUAGCAACAACAGUGAUAGUGUAAAUAGUUGUAGUACAAGCACAAGUCAAUCAAAUUCGGCAAUAAACGGUGUUGUAUCGGAAACAACGUAUUCAGUGAACAAAAUGAAAUUGUCUGAGGAUAAUGGUGUUGAGUCUAGUAAGAAACCGAGUAAUGGCCACGCUAAAAUGGAAAACGGGCAAAGUAACGGUGUAGCGAAUGGCAGUCAUUAUGAGGAAAAAGGUGGACAUUACUUUUUGAACGUGCUAAAAGAUGAACGGGAUCGUUUAAUUUCGCUCGCUGUAACUGCUGAAGGAUAUAUGGCUGUUCUGUCGGAGAGAGACGAACCACCAAAUGAGGAAAUAUUUGGCCACCUACGUUCGGCGGCAGGCAAAGCAAGACUGUUGGCUACACAAAAAAUGCAACAGUUCGAAGGUCUGUGCCACAACAACCUGAAUCAAAUACCUGGCGAAAAGUUUCCAACAACAGCUGAAGAUUUACAAGGAUUUUGGGAUAUGCUUUUGCUGCAAGUGGAUCAUGUUAAUUCGAUUUUUGCUGAAAUCGAAGAGCUUAAAAAGAACAAUUGGCAGAAACCUGUAACUGAAACACAACGGAUUCCACCACAAGGCUCAAAACUGCCCAAACGUCCAGCAACAAAAUCUUCAACCGGUGCCGCUUCGAGUACAGCUAAGUCAACGAACGGAACCACAGCCGCUAAAAAGACUGCAGCUUCGCUGGCGACUCAGCGACGUGAAGCACAGCGACAGCAAUUUUUGGAACAGAAACGCCGAAAUAAGGCCGCAUCGGCUGAACAACCGGUUGAAAUAUUUCAGUUAUUGCCGGAUGCAAGUAGCUGAUUUUGCUGAAAAUGGAUUUCCAUCUCUUAAGUAAAUUAUAUUCGUAGCGGACGAAUGUUUUGAUUAUGUGAUGUUUUCUUUGUCUGUUAAUAAUUAAUAAUGAAAAAGUCGUUUUAAUCGUUAAUUUUAGCAAUAGGAAUCCACAUUCAAAAAACAUGUUUUUUUAGUGCUCAUACCACAAUUUUUUAAAAAACUUUUUAUUGAUUUUUCUCUAUCUCAAUCUCUCGAGAAAAAAAUGAAUUUGAAAUUAUUUUGUAAAGAUUUUAGAAUUGAAUGAAAAUGAAACGAAUUUUAAGAAGAAAUGAUCGAUUGUAUAAGUAAAAAUUUGAAAAAUUGUUUUUUAAAUUCAAUUAAAUUGCUAAAAUGUCUCAAACCUUUCAGACCUUUCGCAACGUAAUUUUAAAUUAUUUUUUUGCUUUAUUUUGCAACCGUUCUACUUAAACAAAACAAGAAAAAACUCUUCCUCUCUGCAGGACAAUUUUUUUUUUUUACUUUGUGAAUCAUCAAAAAUUAAAAUAUUUCGCCGGAAAAAAUCGUUACUUUCAUUUCGAAGGAAGAAAAUGUUGUAAAAUGUGAAUUGGAUAUAAUACGUAAUAUUGAAUGCCAUUUCUGGUGUAAGGAAGACAAAAACGUUAAUGUGUUUAAGAAAUUGAGUGGCUUUGCUUUUUUCAAACCGUCGUCAGUCUUAAUGGUUUAGAAAAGAAAUUUGAUGUGCUUACGUGCCGAACAUUUAAAAUGACCCGCAAAAUUUACGUAAUGUUUACCUAUCCCAGUACAAACCCAUAUGGAAAAAAUUGACUUUAUUUGAACGGGAGUGUAUGGCCAAGGGCCAAAACUUAUUAAUUGGUUCGGAUGGAACUAAUGUUGUCUCCAAUUGAAAUUUGGUUGAUUGUCAAGAUUAGGAAAUCUAAGCCUGACGUUUAAGUUCUGCGCUCAAAAAUAGUGGUUGAAAUAAAGGUACCGUUUUGUGUGUUACAAAAUCUUUUACUUCAUUCGCUGUAACAAUUCAUUUCACUAUUAUAAGAGAUCAUCCGUCGACAGCAGAUGAUUAAACGUUUCCGAAUGAAUAAUUAGCAGUUCGUUGCCUUUGGUGCACACACACUUUAAAACAUUAUUGUGCUUUCUUAUGUACAAACUUUGCGGUUCUUCGAAGAAAUUUGCUUUCGCCUUCCUUCCUUGGGCAUCUUCGUUGAAUAUAAAGUCAUAAUCCGAAUAACUAACCAACGAAUCUCAGUUCUAAAUAUACAAAUAGAUUUCGAAGUGAUUCUUGACAUCAGAUCUGCUUUUUCAAUGAAAACAUAACAGCAGCAUAGAAUCGUUCUUCCGACCUGAUUAUGCUGAUCUAGCUUAAUCUAAUAUGAUUAUGGUAAUUGUGAGAGACAAUAUCGACGAGGAUCUGGACUAUGUCGUUGUUUCAAAGUAAUGACACCAAAAGGGAGACAAAUUUUAAUUAAAUAAAAAAAGGAUUAAGUCACAACAAGGUAACAUUAAUACGUAUAAGGGUUCGAUAUACGUGUGUUGUAUAGUUUUAAGAUGGAAAACUGUUUUUGGAUUGAUUUAAGUUCCUUUACAAGAAAAAGUUUUUUUUAGUACAUAUACUUACCUACGCUGACAUAGAAUACAUUAAAUACAUUAAACAAGAAGCUAAAACAUUUAAAAUGGAUGAAUUAACUCUACGAAAAAAUAUAGCAAAGAUAUAAAACAAAAUUAAAUAAAUUUCGAAAAUAUAACAAAAGUUAAAUGCAAAUGAAUAAUCUAGAAAAUUGUUAUGAAAACUAAAAUGAAAUGUUAAAUUAUCUUAACACCACGGAGUUCACAAACAAUUUCACCAAAAAUAAUAACACUUAGCCUAACAUGAAGAUCUUUAUUAUUUUCAUGUCUUCACAUAAUCUCAUAGCAAUUGAAUAUAACGAAGCGUUACAUUUUAAAAGAAAGCAAAACAAAA